GGUAUUUUUGUGGCCUGCAUGACAGCCAUCCUGAGGCAGAUGGAUGAUUUCCAUUACAACCAUUACAUCAAUACUUUCAAAACCAGGCAGGACAUUAUUGACUUCCUGAUGGAAACAUUCAUUAUGUUUAAGGAUCUGAUUGGAAAAAAUGUCUAUGCACCUGACUGGAUGGUCAUGAAUAUGAUGCAGAGCAGGGUUUUCCUCCGGGCGGUGAACCAAUUUAGCUCUGUACUCAACCGUUUCUUUCUGGAUCAAGCAAAUUUUGAACUCCAGCUCUGGAAUAACUAUUUCCAUUUGGCAGUGGCCUUUCUCACUCAUGAAUCCCUCCAGCUGGAGACCUUCUCACAAGCCAAACGUAACAAAAUUAUCAAGAAGUAUGGGGACAUGAGGAAAGAAAUUGGCUUCAAAAUAAGGGAUAUGUGGUAUAAUCUGGGACCCCACAAAAUAAAAUUCAUUCCAGCAAUGGUAGGCCCAAUCCUGGAGGUCACCCUGGUUCCAGAGCCUGAGCUACGGAAAGCUACCAUUCCCAUCUUCUUUGAUAUGAUGCAGUGUGAGUUUAACUUCAGUGGGAACAGAAACUUCCAUAUGUUUGAAAAUGAGUUGAUCACCAAGCUGGACCAGGAAGUGGAGGGUGGCCGAGGGGAUGAACAGUACAAGAUUUUGCUGGAGAAACUCCUCCUGGAGCACUGUCGGAAGCAUAAAUAUCUCUCUACUUCUGGAGAAGUGUUUGCUUUGCUGGUCAGCAGCCUGCUAGAGAACCUGCUGGACUACAGGACAAUCAUGCACGAUGAAAGCAAGGAGAACCGCAUGAGCUGCACUGUCAACGUGCUGAAUUUUUAUAAGGAGAAGAAACGAGAGGACAUUUAUAUCAGGUAUCUAUAUAAACUCCGAGACCUGCACACAGACUGUGAGAACUUCACAGAGGCAGCAUACACUCUCCUCCUCCAUGCAGAGCUGCUCCAGUGGUCCGAGAAGCCGUGUGUCCCUCAUCUCCUGCAGAGGGACAGCUACUACGUCUACUCACAACAGGAACUCAAGGAAAAACUCUACCAAGAAAUUAUCUCCUUCUUUGACAGGGGCAAAAUGUGGGAAAAAGCCAUUCAACUGAGCAAAGAGUUGGCUGACAUGUAUGAAAACAAGGUCUUUGAUUAUGAGGGACUUGGUAAUCUCCUGAAAAAACGAGCUACUUUUUAUGAGAAUAUUAUGAAGGCAAUGAGACCUCAACCAGAGUACUUUGCUGUUGGAUACUAUGGGCAGGGUUUCCCCUCUUUCCUCCGGAAUAAAAUUUUUAUCUACCGUGGCAAAGAGUAUGAACGAAGGGAGGACUUCAACCUGAAGCUAUUGACCCAGUUUCCUAGUGCUGAGAAGAUGACCAGCACUGCCCCUCCAGGAGAAGAGAUCAAGUCUUCUCCAAAACAGUAUGUGCAGUGCUUUAUUGUGAAGCCUGUGAUGAACCUGCCACCUAAUUAUAAAGACAAACCUGUUCCUGAACAGAUCUUAAACUACUACAGAGCAAACGAGGUACAGCAGUUCACCCACUCCCGACCAGUCAGGAAAGGAGAAAAAGAUCCAGACAACGAGUUUGCUAAUAUGUGGAUAGAAAGGACAACCUAAAAAUAUUCAUUUCCAGGCAUCCUCAAGUGGUUUGAAGUCAAACAGGUUACAACGGAAGAGAUCAGCCCCUUGGAGAAUGCCAUUGAAACGAUGGAGCUAACCAAUGAGAAAAUUAGCAACAUUGUCCAACAGCAUGUCUGGGACCGGAGUCUUCCUGUACAUCCUCUCUCUAUGCUCCUGAAUGGGAUUGUGGACCCAGCGGUCAUGGGCGGAUAUACCAACUAUGAAAAGGCCUUUUUCACAGAGAAAUAUCUUCAAGAACAUCCUGAAGAUCAAGAUAAAAUUGAACUGCUUAAGCAACUAAUUGCUCUACAGAUGCCGUUGUUGGCAGAAGGGAUUAGGAUCCAUGGUGAGAAGCUGACAGAACAGCUGAAGCCUCUGCAUGACAGACUGACAGCCUGUUUCAAGGAGCUGAAGAAGAAGGUGGAGAAGCAGUAUGGUGUGAUAACUUUGCCUCCCUCCCUCACUGAAAGGAAACAGAGCAGGUCGGGCUCUGUCGUGUUGCCCUAUAUCAUGUCUUCCACACUGAGACGGCUCUCUGUCACAUCCGUGGCGUCUUCUGUGGUCUCUACGUCUUCCACAUCAUCUGAUAGCACUUCCUCCAGACCGGGUUCAGAUGGAUCUAUUCUGGAGCCUCUCUUGGAGAGAAGAAUAUCAACAGCUUCCAGAGCUGAGGAACUGCCCAUGAAAGAUGAUGAUAACCGGAUUAGCAAACUCAAACGGAAGGACUGGAGUAUUAGCAAGUCUCAGGUUAUUGUAGAGAAGGAGCCAGAAACGGAACUGACUUCCAAAAUGGGCAUGUCAGGAAAAGCACAAAGGCCAAAGAGUCUUCAGUUAGGAGACAACAGACUGACUUUGCUUCAGGGUUCUUCACUCCAGCAAUCAAUGCCUCGCAGCCCACCACCGAUCACUCCCAAAACACCAAGAACCCAAAGUUUUCCCUCAUUGCAAGCUGAUGGAUUGGCAACAGCUAGUUUACAGAGCACCCCACCCCCCCCUCCGCCCAAAAGCAAACCCUAUGAGAAUAACAACCCCAGGAAUUCUGUAGAGGUUGCUCCACCAUUACCCAGCAGACGUGAAGCCAAACCUCCCCCUCCACCCCCAAAAACCAGAAAAUCCAGCGUUGUCUCUUCAGAGCAAGGGUUGCAGUGA